CCCCAUAAUAACAAUAUGAGCUUCGUGCAGCAAGGCGCCUGCUUGCUUGGGCCGGUGCAAGGAAACAAUGGCGCAGUGGCGCACCAAGCCAGUCAGCGCUCCAUUGCCAAUCCAUCAAGCACGUCGCUAUAUGGCUUUGCAGCAAGCUCUUAUCGCGCGGCUCGCUGCGGACGCACCACGCUGGACCCUGCCCGUGCCGCUUGCAGGCGGGUAACACGCGUACCCCCGCGCGCACCGCCACCGGCCGCGACGCCGGACCCCGCGGCAUCGGAUGGGUUCCCGGCUGACGAAGAGCAGGCAGCGGAUACCCAGGUGGCUCCAACCCACAUCAAUGCUGUGGCCGGGCCGCUUCAGCGUCGCCCCUGCAUGACAGACAUGCUGCUGCAUAACGACGAGGCGCCGUCUGCCGCAAGCGACGCACACGGGCGCACGGCAGCCCACGGCCGGGCCGAGCAUGCCUCUACCUCGUUCUUACAGAAUGUUCUGCAGCGCGGGAGGCACCCGGGGGCCGCCCGGCCACACCAAGGGGGGCCGCAGCAGCACAGGGCGGACACAGACGGUGAGCCGAGCGCUGCAAAGGCAAAGGGGCGGGCCCGGAAAGUGACAGCUGCCGGCGACAGCGACGCACAACAGCCGGCGAGCCGGCGGCAGCAGCGCAUGCUAGCCUGGCUUGAUCAAGACGACACCCUUGACUUUGACUUCUGGGGCCGUCGGCCAGGAACGGCGACGGUGCCCUCGGCAGCGACUGCAGCCGUGGAGCAGGUGCAACAGCCGGAGGGGGCACUAGCUGUAGCUGCGGCGGCCUCCGCCACAUUCUCUGGUCGAUCUCCAAGCGGCAAUACCAAUGCCAGCGUGGGGGCCUCUCUACAGGGUGGCAGCAGCAGAGGCGGUCGGCUGCUGAGCACCAGCUUGCCGCUAGCAGCCGCGGCGGGGCAGGCGGCCUGUGUUAGCCCCGGCAGUAGCCCCGGCGGCGUCCGGGGCGGCAGGGGCAGCGGACGCUCGCCUGGUGAGCUCGGCCGUCGCAGCAGCGGCGCCAGCGGCCGGUCUGGCGCGGUCGCACGCGGUGCAGUCGGUGACGGCGCUAGUGGGGGCGGCGACAGUGGAGCGAGCCGCGGCGGCGGCGAGAAGGCCGGAGGGGCGGGCGCCGGCGGCAGCGACUGGCGGGCGCUGCUAGCUGACGGCGCAGAUCGGCGGUUCCUGACCUCGCUGCUCGAUCCGGUGGAUGCCCUGUUUGACGAAGACGCGGCAGCUUUGCGAGUCGCGAGGAGCUCCAAGGUUAGAACCUUGACCGCGAAACAGGCAAACUCUGCGGCCUGGGAGGAGAGUGAAAUAGAGAUCGCGGCCUUGCCGAAGCGCGCACGGCGACGCUCGCAGAAGGCGCAGGAGUAUGCGAAUGGGAACUUGCAGGAGGGAGAUGGCGGGACGGGCGUCAGUGGGCCGGCAGCAGCAGCCACGGCAUCGCGGCAGCGAGGGCGGCGGCAGCCGCAGGAGCCGCAGGAGCGGCAGCAGGAGUGGCAGGUCUACGAGCUGGCGGCGCAGGUGCAAGGGGCGCAGGAGGGGCAGCAGGGAGACGACGAGGAGCAACCUGCCACCGACUGGCAGGGGCCACGUAUGGACAAUGCCUGGCAGCGGGAGCUGGGGUGGGCGCCAGGGGGCGCCACGGCGGCCGCCAGGGAGAGCGCCGAGGGCGCUGCAGGCACGUCAGGGCAGCCCAGGUUGCCCUUGGACGUAGCCGAUGAGGAAGGAUGGGGCUCAUACAUCGACUCGGAGACGCCGGCACAACUGCUCGAUGGCGCUGCGCCUACCUCGGGGCCGGGUGGCGGAAUGCUCCGAGGGUGGCGGGACGCCACACGCGGGGGCGCCAGGACUGCGGCAGCUGCCGCGGCCCGGGGUGCCGCGGGCUUGACGCCGUGGGGCCCGGACGUUGACUGGGGCCGCUGGGAUGAGGAUGGGGCGCCGGGCGCGUUUGCCGGCAACACGGACUUGCAGGAGCUAGCCAGGUCAGGCCGCGGCGGCGGUGGCGGUGGCGGCGGCGGCGGCGGCGGCAGCAGCUAUCUGCCGUCGCCGGGGCCCGCUCUUGCAUCAUCUGACGGCGGCCGCCGCGGCGGCAAGGCGGCGGCGCUCCGAGCGGAGGGUGAGCUGCGGCGGAACGCGGAGAGUGGGCGCUUGGACUCCGGGGCGGCGGCGGGGUCGGAGAUUGCUUGUCAGCACUGGGUGCGAUGCACCCGGCGGGAUGCAGGUGGUGCUAAGGAAGUGGUUCUUGUUGCUGCGCCCUCGCGGAGCCUAAGGAUUGGCUGUUGGCUCGUGCUUGUCGUGCAGGCAAUGGUUAGCGCCGGCAUCCCGCGCAAAGGCGCAUCCGUGGCGUUUUGGCUGCCCACCGCGCCCUCCGUCGCCAUAGCCGCAGCCACAGCAGCACCGGCAGCCGAGGCGGACGCAGCCGCAGGAGCGGCCGCUCUUGCCGCCGCGCUUGCCGGCAAGUGUGCGCCCGCAGUUGCAUCAGCGGCGAGUGGUCGGGGGCAGCGGCGAUUGCUGGCCGCCGAAAGCGACGCGGCGGAAGAUGAUGACUCGGAAGCAAGCGCCGGCACGGAUGUAGAGGCUGCGGAGUUUGUGCGCGAGGCGGAGCGUGCGGCCGCGGAGCGUGCGGCCGCGGCGCAGGCCGCGGCGGCGGCUGCCGCCGCUGAGGCGGAGUCAGACACGACGCUGUGGGCCCGCAUUCCGCUGCAGUACAACUUUGCCCCUGUCUUCAAAAUUCUGGAGAUGGAUCGCGUGGACUCGAUGCCGCAGCUCAUCCCGACGCCACCGGAGCUGCUACAGCUGGCCGAGGAGCUAUGCAACGUUGUACUUGCCAGCAGCAGCAGUAGCAGCAAGGGCGCCAGCAGCAGUAGCAGCAGUACAGGCGGAGAGGGGCUGUUGCGGCCAGGGGGUGACACGCGGGAUCCGGCGGCGGCCAGGGUGGUGGCGGCGGAGCCUGGCACGCAAGGCAAGGGCAGGGCGAAGGGCAAGCCGGUGUCGGCCAGGCGGGCGGCGGCGGCGCUUCUGUCCGGCGUCACGGCGUACACCAUGGCAGGCGGUGUUGAGGUGCUGCUGGUGCAGGACGCCCGCGCGCUGCGCCCCACCAUUGCCUGGCUGCGUCAGUCUCUAGGAGACGACGCCGUGGCAGGCGUGGACUCGGAAUGGCCGGCCGUGUUCGCCAACAGCGGCGGCAGUAGCAGCGGCAGUAGCAGUAGCAGUGCCAGCAUUCGGGCGGCUGCGGCAGCUAGUGAGAAGCUGUCGCUGCUGCAGCUUGCCUCGCCCACGCGGGUGCUUCUGCUGCACCUUGUAUGCAUGGACGGCGGGGCGCUGGACCCGCUGUAUGGGCUGCUGGCCGACCCGGUCCUCACGUGGGUGGCGUCCGGCUGGAGCCGCAGCGAGGCGGCGCGGCUGGCGCGCACGCUGGGCGGCCCGCCGCCGCCCAUGCGCGUGCUGGACGUCCAGGCGGCGGCUGCGGCUGCGGGCUGGCACCGCGUGGGCCUGGCCAGUCUGGCCAACGAGGUGCUGGGCGCCGCCGGCUUCGUGAAGCACCGCAAGGUCACCACCAGCAACUGGGCGCGGCCCGACCUCAACGAGCGCCAGGUCCGCUACGCAGCCCUGGACGCGCUGGUGCCGCCCAUGCUGCUGCGCCAGUUGCGCCUCUUCGCGGCCUUCCCCGGACUGCGCUGCACCUUCUGCAAACACGAGCUCCACGCACCCGAGGGUGUGCAGCAGCGGCCGCCGCGCCCCUCGCCACGCCAGCAGCAGGACCUGCCCCUGCCGGCGCCGGCCCCCGCCGCCCCCGACUGCAGCUGCGAGCACUGCGGCCGGACGCUGUGGUCGACCCUGCAGCUGGUGGCGGCGCCGGGGACCACCGCAGCAGCGGCCGCUGCAACAGCGAUGCCGCCGCCGCAUCCGGCGGCCGCCGCCAGCACUGCCGGUGGGGCACCAGCAUCCGGCGCCGGAGCCGUCAGCUCCGGCGGAGACGCUUCCAGGGCCGGCACCAGCAGCCCGGGUGGCCGAGGGAGCGGGAGUGGUGGCGGCGGCGGGGGGCUGACCGAGUACCUGCUGCGUGUUGCGGCACGCGGCCAGCAACGGCUGCAGGGGUAUAGCAUGAGUGGCGGCACGUCACGGCGGCCGCGGCAGCGCUUGUUCUCAGAAAAUGGUGACGGCGACGGAGGCGGUGGAGUUGAAGGCUCUGAGGAGGACGUGUCCGUGGCCACCGACACGAGUGCUUUGCAGUCAGCCGACGAGGGCGCAGCUGCGGGCAGCUCGGCGAGCAGCAGCGGCGGGUCUGGUGUUGGGAAGAAGAAAAAGAAGAAGGCGGUCAAAGCAGCGGCGGCGGCGGUCCGUCGUCGGCUGAAGGGCGAAGGCGGUGGUGCUGGUGCUAGCAGCACCGGGGCAUCGUCCUCGACCUCGUCCUCGUCUUCCGCACGGCAGCAGGCGCUGUGGGAGCUGUGGGAGUCUGGCUCGCCGGCUGCGGCUGCGGCGGUGGCUCUGGCCAUGGCGCCGAGCGAGACCGGCAGCGAGAGUGACGGUGCUGGGGGGAGCGGUGCGGGCGGCGGCGGUGCAGUGAGCGCCUGAGCGGCAGGGGACUGAGGGGAGGCGCGUUGAUGUGUGUGAUGUGUGGGGCAUUUCGUAUGGAGAGGCGAGUGAUCUAUGUAUGUGUAUCUGGCUCGUCGUGUACCUAUGAGGGCGUGUUGAGCCCGCCUGCAAGGAGGUGCUGUACUCUUACAUGGGCGUGGAACGUUGGGGUUUCCAAGGAUGCAGGAGGCCAGACGUGGCUCUGGUGCCGUAGAUUCGGCAUUGUGGUGUUAGGUAAGCACACUCCGCACUCGGAUGCGUGCGCGGCUGUCAAGGUUUGCGGAGUCUAGUACGGCGUAUGACAUCGUACAGCGGGGACAGCCGGCUUAGGCAAGGAUAGCGAGGUAACCGAGAAAGUGCAGGGUGAAGCAUGGGUGCCGGCGGAGUACAGUAACUGUGAUGAUGGACUGGCGGAGCAAGGGCGCAGGCGCGCAGCCUUGCGGUUUGUGUGGCAACUUGGCGUCGUUUCGGCA